AUGCCUAUCAUCGCCGACACCCCUCUGGUCUGGCGCGGAUGUGCUCAGCGCACACCACGACUUCGAACGUCCUUUCAGCAUGGCACCCACGCAAUUGCGCCCCAGCGGCGUACGUUUUUCGGCAUGUUCAAAUCUCCGCGCAAAAUAAAACCAGCCGAAGUACCUGCGGGCUUUGAAGUUCUUGGUGGCCUCAUCGAAGCGCAACGUGAUGGUCUGCGACUACCGCCUCCUUCCAAGGUUGCCGAAGCAGUGAGCGCCUUCUUCCUGCAGAACAAGGCAGAUCUUGAGGAUUUCCACGUGAAGAAUGUCUUGAAUGCACUUCGGUACUUGCUGGAGAACCCGAAGGAGGAUGGACAGCCCUGGAUACCGUUCAAGAGCUUGAACAAGAUGAUGGUCAAGUUGGACAGAUACCAACCGGAGACGGGCGGAAAGCCACACAAGAUUUUGGCGAAGCUGUUGGAUGCAGAAAUAGGGAAGGUUAUCGAGAAGGAGCUGGAUAAUGCGAAGAAGGAUUUUAAAACACUGACGGUAUAUGAGGGACUACAGUUGCCUAAGCUUGUGCGCGUCCUUUGCACUUACGGUGCAAGCCAAGAAGCAAGGGAUCUAAUCUACAAAACUUUUGGAACGCCUUCGGAUGAGCGUACAGAACGGGAGGUCUUGAUCGUGCGCAACGUGUGGAAAACCGUUGCGGCAGGUUUCGCCAAGGAAGGGAACACGCCAGAGCUGCUCAAAACGACUCAGAUGAUGCAAGAUGCUUCAGCCACAUUCACAUCCGAGGUUAAAGGGGUUCUCGUCAAAUACUUCGCGGAAAGGAAUGAUCUGGAGCAGGCCAAGUACUGGUAUUCUAAGACGAUUCCAGAAACGGACGAUGGUAGAGGCUUGCGAGAUGCCCUUGGGCCUUUGCUCACCACAUGUGCGCUCAGUGGAGACACCGUGUUCGGCCAAAAGGUCGUGGCAUCUCUCCUGCAAAAGAUGCCUGAUAAGGAGACGUGGGAUGCUAUUUUUCUCUGGUCAGCUGCAAUUGGCAAGGGUGCUGACGAGAUCGACCGCAUGAUGAAUGUUAUGGUCCGGCGGAAUGCGGAGGAGCGACAGCAAAAGCCCGAACUUCCUGUCGUGCAACCGGAUAUUAGCACGAUCAACUUGCUGGUAGAAUUCGCCAUGUCCAAGCAGGACUCGUAUUCGGCCGAGCGCUUUGUAGUUCUCGGAGAGAAACGCGGCAUAUACCCGGACGAGAAAACUUACACCAUGCAGAUGCGGUAUCGACUUUCCAUCAACGAUGUUGAUGGCGCUCGUGCUGCGUACUACGGAUUGCAGGGCCAAAUUUCAGAAGACAGCGAGUGCAUUGAAGCCAUCAACAGGCUCAUCCAAGCUUUAUGCCAGUUGCAACAACAUCAUUUCGACGACAUCAUGGCCAUCGUGGACGAUCUGCACGAAAAGAACGCACAGCUUACACCAGAGACGGUGGCUACGUUGUGCGUCCUCCAUCUUAGACGUGGAGAGCCCCAUGAUGCUGGUGACUUGCUAAACAUGCACGCUCAUCACUUUUCACCCGCUCAGCGUGUUGUCAUCCGGAAGGGUCUUGCCUCGUUCAUUCAAGAUGGUCAGACCAGCACAACAGAUGCCUGGGAUGCAUACCAGAUGCUACGCAACGCAUUUCCGGAAACCCCUCGCUCCGACCGCAUCCCCCUGAUGAAGGAAUUCUUCGCUCGAAAGCGCUCGGACAUGGCGUGCCACGUCUUCUUCCACAUGCGUAAUUCUAUCGAGGAAAAUAUUGCAGCUGAUAAAGAAGUCUAUGUCGUGGCCUUCACAGGCUUUGCGCGCAACGGUGACGCCGAAAGUCUAGAGUUAGCUAGCAACCAGCUCAAGAUUGACCUAAACGUGGAGAUGGACACGCAGCUUAGGAACGCUUUGAUGCUCGCUUAUGCUGCAACCGGUAGCGACAAGCGUGCCAUGGCCAUGUGGGCAGAGAUCGGAUCCUCGAAAGAGGGGCCGUCGUACAAUAGUAUUGCCAUUGCGUUCCGUGCAUGCGAGGGUACGCACUACGGAGAAAGACACGCGAAGUCCAUUUGGCAGCGGUUGAAGGAGAUGGAUGUCGAUAUCGACAAGCAGAUCUUUACCGCGUACGUGUCUGCCAUUGCACGAAACCAUCACCAUGAUGACGCUCUUGCCUUAAUCGAGGCCGCCGAAGAGGAGUACGGCUUCACACCGGAUUUCUACAUGUGA